UGUAUGCAAAUGGACCCCACCACCCAUGUGCCCUCCUUCCUGUCUCCACCAGCUCCUGCCGCUCAAUGAUUAGCUCUCUUUCCCUCCCCCAAAAACCCUUUCUCUCUCUCUCUCUCUCUCUAAACACCACAAAAUCCCUCCUUUUUCUCUCCAAAAACCCACCAUUUUUGCUUCCCACACUCUCUCACCAUGUCAGACAACAGUGGUGCUGUCAAUAACGGAGCUUUGAUAGACCCACAAAGAAACCAGCCGCCGGGAGGUGGUGGAGGAGGAGCUACUAAUGGAGCUUUAGCUGUUAAAAAACCACCUUCUAAAGACCGUCAUAGCAAGGUUGAUGGUCGUGGAAGGAGGAUUCGGAUGCCGAUCAUUUGUGCUGCUAGAGUUUUUCAGUUGACUCGUGAAUUGGGUCACAAGUCUGAUGGACAAACUAUCGAAUGGCUUCUUCGUCAAGCUGAGCCUUCGAUUAUUGCUGCUACUGGGACCGGAACUACUCCUGCUAGUUUUUCUACUGUUUCUGUUUCGGUUCGUGCUGGUGGUAAUUCUAAUUCAAUAUCUUCGCUUUCCAGCAAUAAUGUUCAUUCAGCUGCUUCUUUGGACCAUAAGCCUUUGUUAGGCCCUGCGCCCUUUAUACUUGGAAAAAGGAUGCGGCCAGAGGAGGAUGGAAAUGGUGGGAAGGAUGAUGGUGGGGUUCCUGUGGGCCCCACUAUCGGGUCUUUAAUGGGGCCCACCGCAACAGCCGCAGCGGGGUCUGGCGGGUUCUGGGCUUUGCCUGCAAGGGCCGAUUUUUGGGGGUUUGCUGCUGCACCGCCGGAAAUGGUAGUGCAGCCGACGGCGGUGCAGCAGUCGUCGCUGUUUAUGCACCAGCAGCAUGCUGCCGCUGCUGCUGCCAUGGGAGAAGCGUCGGCGGCUAGAUUGGGGAAUUAUCUUCCUGGUCACUUGAAUUUGUUGGCUUCAUUGUCGGGUGGGUCUGGGAGUUCAGGAAGGAGAGAGGAGGAUCAGCGUUGAAGGUGGAAAAAAUUGGAUCUUGGUGGUGUUAUUGUAUGGUAUAUAUUAUGAGUAUGUUGUUAUGUUAAAUUGUGCCCUUUUUUUUUCGCUUGUGUGUGAAGAAGGAUGGGAAGAAUUUAGUGAAAAUUAGGGUUAGGUUUUAGGAGUUGGGAGAAUUUAAGUAAUGGACGAAUGAUUUAAUUAGGGGGUUCUUUUAGUAAGUUUGUUUGGAGAUUAAUUAGGGUUUUUAGGGUUCAAAUUGUUUAGGGGGGGGGGGGGGGUUUGUUGGAGGAGGAAGGGAGUGAAGAAUUGUGGUUCAAAUUCUGUGGCUGAAUCUGCAAAGGUGUUUUUUUCUUAAUGGAUUUAGGGAGUCUGCUGCAAAUCUACAUCAGGCUUUGUGUUCUUAUAUUGAGAAAAACUUGUCAAAGUUUGGCUAAUUUGAGAAGUUUUGAGUGCUUUAUGCAAUUAGUAAGUUCUUCCUAAUUUGGAAACCAUGUAGGUUUCUUUUCUCUGGUGUGACACAAUGCUUGUAAAUGUGGGUUGGAAGCAUUGUUAUGUUAUGUUUCAGUAAAUGGGUGCAUGUACCUUGAAUUGAUCACUGCAAUGGAAAGUGGAGUUUUCCAUGUGUCAUUCUGCUUGCUUUAUAUUUAAUCUGACGAUGCCUGUGUGAAUUUGGACUUCAGUCUCCCCAAAUUUGUUGAAUUUCCCUUUGCUGCAAUGGUUGAUAAAGAGUUGAUAUUGAUUGAUGCAAUUUGUGUUCCGGUGAGAUGACAACAGUGAUGGUUUUGGUCUGUAGAUUGUGAUUUGCCAUGGUGGUUGGAAACUGUUUCUUGCUCCCUUCCACUUUCAGGGUAUGUGUUGGUGUACUGAUCUCAAAGGAGACUGCUGUGCGUGGGAAAAAUCCUGUGCCUCUUUGUAAGGCCUCUGUUUUGAACCUUUUUUUAUCAGUAAUCUUAGCCAUUUCUCAGAUUAAUUAGUGUGAGAAUAAUGUGUCUUCCAUGUAUGUAAGUGAAUUGUUUUUCGGGGUGCCUGUUGUGUGAAUAAGAAACCCAAUUGUUUCUCUCAA